GCUCGGUCGACUCGGUCGAUUAUAAGGCUCGGUAGUGCGAGAGGGGUGCGUGUCUCUUAACUUUUUGCAUUUGCAGCUGCUGCUUGCUUGCUCCACCACCCACCUACUCCAACCACAACAGCAUACACACCACAAUGGGCGACGCACCGGAGAAGUCGAGGGUCGACGAGGUUAUCAACGUCGGCGAGGGCCCGAGCGUCUUUAUCGUCGGCGCGGGCAUCGGCGCCAUCUCGCUCGGCCUCGAGCUCGACCGUAACGGCCUGACCAACUGGAAGAUGUACGAGCGCAUGGGCGGCGUCGGCGGCACGUGGUGGACCAACCGGUAUCCCGGAUGCCGAUGCGACGUCCCCGUCAUCGUCUACUCGCACUCGCGUUUCCCGAACCCCAACUGGACCGAGACGCACCCCAGCCGCGCCGAGAUGCAGCAGUACUGGCAGGACAUCACCGAGAACCAGAACCUCACGUCGCGCAUCAACCUCAACACCAACGUCGUCCGCGCCGACUGGGAUCCCAAGCGCAAGGUGUACUACGUGACGAUCGACUCGCCCACGGGCCGCCGCGUCAUCGAGACGCAGAUCAUCGUGUCGGCCGCGGGCGGCCUGUCGAACCCGCGCAUGAUCGACGCCAAGAACCGCUCCCUGUACAAGGGCACGAUGGUGCACGCCGCCGACUGGCCCGAGGAGCUGACGAUCGACUCGCUCAAGGGCAAGCACGUCGUCGUCGUCGGCAACGGCUGCUCGGGCGUCCAGAUCAUCGGCGAGCUCGGUACCCACAAGGACAUCAACAUCACGGGCGUCGCGCGCACCAAGCAGUGGUUCGUGCCCUCCAACCCCAUCCGCCCGUACUCGUCGCAGAAGCGCCACUCGGUGCCCUACCCCGCUGCCGUGCGUGCCCUGUUCAAGUACCUCCCCGUCACGCAAUGGGUCGCCCGCAUGGUCAUCAUCAAGGUUAUGGACUCGGUCUUCUACCUCUCGCUUGACAAGGAGGGUGCCAAGGCGCGCAAGUUUGUCGAGAAGCAAUUCGGCACCUGGAUGAAGAAGCGUCUGCCCGAGUACAUGCGCAAGGACGCGGUCCCCGACCACUCGAUCGGCGCCCGCCGCCUCAUCUUCGAGGACGGUUACUUUGAGGCGCUCAACCAGCCCAACGUCAAGGCCAUCCGCGGCAAGGUCGUCGAGUUCAAGGAGGACUCGGUCGUCCUCGACACUGGCGACGAGGUCAAGGCCGACCUUAUCGUCCUCGCCACCGGCUAUGACGCCGAGACGAAGCACUUUGACGUCAACGGCGCGUCGGACAAGACGUCAAACUACAAGUCGAACGCCGAGUGGCAGAUGUACCACGGUGUCUCGCUGCCUGGUAUGAGCAACUGGUUCGCCCUGCUCGGCAACAACACGGGUAUCAACCACAUGUCCAUCCUCGCCAUCCUCGAGAUCAACGCAAACUACAUCACCGAGCUGAUCAAAAACAUGCGCGACUACAACGUCAAGGAGCUGUCGCCCAAGAAGGAGAAGGCGAUCGAGUACGACGACUGGGUCCAGAAGGAGCUGCACCGCACGACAUGGUACCAGACCGAGACGUACUGGCGUACCGGCGGCGGCAAGGGCAAGAUCUUCACCCACUACCCCGGCUCGGUGGCGCAGUUCAAGCGCCAGAACGGCCACCCCGAAUUUGAGGACUUUGAGGGCGGCGAGGUCAUCGUCAAGGGCCACCGCAACCGCAAGAUCCUGCGCUCGCUCCUGCUCAUCGGCGCCAUCGUCGCGGCGAGCUACACUGCCCCCGGCGCACAGGUCAAGGACGUGGUCCUCGGCACGGCCGAGAGCACCAUUCACAAGGUGUAUGAGUGGACGCUGAACCGCGUCGUUGGUUAAGAAGCGCAAGGAGACGGAAGCGGCGCAGAGUUGGGCCUUUGUAGUAGAAGAGCACAGUGGCGGGCACACGACCCCCACACUCGCGUGUAUAGCGUAGAGUAAGUAGCCAGAG